AUGAACUGCCUCCUCCGAACGAUGGUCGCCGCGAUGGCCUUGAGCGCCAUGACUGCUGCGUCAACCGACGUUCAAGAUGGGUACGGCCAGGAAGCCAACGGAUACAACGCCCAGACCAACUACAACGGUAACAGCUACGGCUUGCGUGGCGGGUAUGGCCAGGGGUACGGCCAGGGCUAUGGCGCGUCCAAGUAUGGCGGUGGUUUUGGCGGCCGCGCUUAUGGCGGUGCUGCCAGCUAUGGCGCAGGCUACGGUGGGCUUCGUGGUGGUAAUGGCGGCGCCAACUAUGGCCAGCGCUACAACCGUGGCUACGGCAUCGGCAACACGUACGGUGGCAACACGUACGGCGAAGGACAAGGGUACGCUGGCGGCAACACGUAUGGGGAAGGUCAGGGCUACGGCGCUGGAGCCAGCUACGGCGGGCUCGGCUCGAACCAGUACUUUCGCUAG